ACUCAAAACUGAUAAAGCUUUGCUCUUUAUUUCAAAGUUCACUGCGUAAGGAAGUGGAAGGAGGCCACGGCGGAAUUUGGAGGAGCAGAGAUGGCGGUGAGGAAGCUGAGGUGGGCCAUGGACGGCGGCUUCUGGGACCUCGACGCUUCCACGCCGAGGACCGUCGACGGGUCGGCCCGGCCCGUUCCCGGCGACCCCAUCCCUCUGGGUUUGUAGGGGACCAGCCUCUCCCGUCCCAGGCAGAUCGACUUCAUGCAGCGCUUCAUGUCCGCCCCCUUCGUCCCCUCCUACUCCGGCCAUCCGAAGAGCGGUGGCUCCGGCCUCUCCCUCCAGCGCGUCCUCUCCGUUCCCCUCGGUGAAAGCUGGUUCUUUAAUUUCCUUGGCCAGUUCAAUCUGCAGAAGUUUGUCUCUUUGGUAAGAAAGAGAGACGGACUCACUGAGGGCGCCGAAUCAUCAUGGCUUCAGGGGGUCAAGAAACAUAUACGGGAUAAAUCACUUUACUCGCUUAAUCUGUGCUCAGAGAUGUUGUUAUCGCACGAUGAUACACUCCUCAUUAGCUCGGAAGAGUAUGCCAAUGGAAGGAGCCCUCGUAGGAAGGUGGUUUUCCAACACGAGUUUCCGCAUCAUAAUCUGACGGUGGAGGCUGCUUGGCCCGGCCUCUUCAUUGAUGAUCAUGGAACUUACUGGGAUGUUCCAUCUUCGGUGGCCAUUGAUCUCGCUUCUGUUGCUUCUGAUUCUGGUGCCAGUUAUCACCUAUGCUUGCACCACAAUGAGGGCAUGCCAAAGCCAUUGGAUAGUGAUGAUAGGACAGUUCGGUAUGAUGAACUGCCCACUACGUUACUUCCUGGUCUAGCUCUAAAAGGUGCCUUCUCCUUCAAGAAGAAUAUCGAUUUGUGGAGAAGUAAAGCACAGAAGUUGAAAAUGGUGCAGCCCUAUGACAUAUUUCUGUCGAAUCCUCAUGCAUCUGCAUCAUGGGCUAUCGGUGCUGCCGCUACAGCCUCGGUUGGGGAUAAUUCAGCAAGAUCGAAAGUUGGAGAUGAUUCACGGGAUUUCCGAGGAGUCAGCUGCAAUGCUGGAGGAAUAAAAUCCAGCCUGUUAGCUGAUCUUUUUGGAUCAGUUGCUUUCACAGCUCAGCUCGGAAACUUUCAGAGGUUGUUCCUGGAUCUCACCCGGCUUCAUGCCCGACUAGAUUUUCCUUCCGGGGCCAAGUUCCUUACAGGCGCAACUCGUUUAACACAAGACUUUCUGAAUUCUCAGCAACCUACUUUGGAAACACUUCAGGCAGUCUGCCCUGAUGCACACCUUUCUCUUCAGCAACAGAUUGGUGGACCGUUCAGUUUGAGGGUUGAUUCAAGAGUUGCAGUCGAUUUAAAGAACCGAUGGAGGCCUCUACGUGUGGAAGAACCAGUAUUUGCCAUUGAGUACGCAAUGCAGGUUCUCGGCUCUGCAAAGGCCACUGCUUGGUAUUCCCCUAAGCAGCAAGAGUUCAUGAUCGAGCUUCGGUUUUUCGAGACCUGAUACUAUUGUAGCCCCUAUCUUGCAUAUUUCUUUUGUGUAGGAAGAUGCCAAACUUUGAAAGGUUUUUUCCAAGAAUUAGUCAGCAUUAUUAUUGCUAAUCUACUGACAUCUGCCAUCGACUGAUUGAGCGAUUGCGAGCAAUAUGUUAUACCAAGGAGAUGACCUGAAUAUCUCAUUUUGAGCUUAA